AUGACGGCCUCCCGCGGCACGCGACGUUUGCGCAGCAAUCAGUCCCGCAACGACAUCGACGAUGGUCCCGAGGAGGGGUCUGAGACGAGCAAGCAAGCAACACGAGCGAGUGCCCAGCGCCAUCACCAGAGGCACGUGCAAUCUGGCGGGGAAACCACAGGCCAUGAGCGAGGUGGGGACGAGAGCGAGGUCUACGAUGCAGUAAGCGGAAGUGACGGCGACGGCGAAGAAGAUGAUGAUGAUGAGGAAGACGACGACGACGAUGAGGAGGAGGAGGAGGAGGAGGAGGAAGAAGAGGAAGAGGAAGAAGAGGAAGAAGAUCAACCCGAGGAGGAUGAAGACGAGUCUCCCUUCAAAUUCCUCGAAGGGCUUGGAGCCAACUGGCUGAUGGGAAAGAAUGAAGCUUCAGCACUGCAACCGACACAUCGCAACGUCGCUUUGGAGAACGACGGCCGCUCGCCAGCAGCAAGCGCAGAUGAUGCAGAGUUCUACGGUGCUAUGAUCCAAAUGCUCACUCACGUCCUCGGCUCGUCGGAUUCAAUCUCUUGGCCGAAUCAACCAACACCAGGAUCACAGCUCGCCCCUUCUCCCUUCGCCCAUCCCUACAGUAGUCCGGCGCAGACACCCAGCCAUGCAGCCGGUACCGUGUCCACGCCAUCACAACUCGCUUCGGGGAGCACCAACAAACACCGAGAGAACAAGGCAGAAUUCUCGGCGCUGCAGCCGAUGAUCCAAGCGCUCAUAGCACGCCUCGGAAAAGACCAUCAACUUCCGCGCCGACCGGUAGGCGAGCAAGACCUCACCGCUCUCUUGCAAACCCUGAUGCAACAGCAGCAGCAAGGUCAACAGACGAACAAAGGAGCACCGCUUCGAUCCGACAGCUCCUUCGCAGAGGCCAACCGUGAAAUCGUCCAGCCAGAAUCGAUGGCGCAGAUGCCCUCUAGUCAACUAUCCCAGCAAUGGACCGGCGCCGCAACCUCAUACGGACUGCCGGCCAGUGCCACGCAUCAACCUCUUCAUUUUGCCGACCUCGACUUUGAGGACGAAGAUGAGGACGAUCCCGAUUUCAACCCUGACUUGAAUCCCGAUCUCCCGCUUCCCUCGGCUUGGUCUCUCGCGGUGCGCGACGUUGUAGCCUCUGAAGAAUCGAAAGCAGCAGCUGCUGCAGCCGCUGCCGCAGUAGCGUCCCGUUCCGGCACCCCGUCUGGCGCUCAGACUCCACUAGACAUGCCGCCGCCCGUAAGCUAUCGAGCCCGCGAUCUGCACUCCACAGCACGAUCAGCAAUACCUUCUCCUCGGGACUCAGGCGGACGCCGCACGUCUUUUGAACAAUUAUCUGAAGAGCCUUCCAGGCGGGCUUCUCUAUCGCACUUUUCGACGCCGACCGCAGAGAUAUCCGCUCCACCCACGCAUCCCGCAGUACGAGAUGCUCAGCGGACUGCAACGAGGCGAUCCACUCCUCCCCCUUCGACUGCGGUUUACACACGAGCAGAUCGACCCACGAUGGCUUCGGAUCUUCUCCUGUCGCCAUCUGGCAGACCGAUCAGAGCCUCGCGGAAGAGAGCAGGCUCUCCAGUAUCCGGCGCUCCGUCCAGGCCCGCGCGUUCGGAUGUGGCAUCACUGUCUGAGCCGCCCCCGAGAGCAGCAGGCGUCACAGAGCAAAGCGCGCCGCGCAAGAGAGGGCGUAAGCCCGUCCUCGAACCAGGCGAAGCACAACGUCGUCGCGCCCAACGCAACGUCGAAUACCAACGCAUGCGACGUCAAGAGAAGAAGGCCGAGGAGUCAGAACAGACUGAGACCGUGCUCGAGCUCAAAGCUGAAGUCAAGGUGCUUCGCGCGGAGCUGGAGCGUCUGCGCGACGAGAACGCCAUGCUGCGAGCCCACCGCGAGCUCGAUCGGCUGCGUCGUCAUUGA